CCCUCCAAAAAAAAAAUAAAAAAUAGAGUCCCGACCAACCACCCCUCUAUGCACUUCCGUCGUUCCAUGCAAUAAGAGGCAGCCCACCCUCCCCCCCCCCCCCCCCCCCGGGUCUCUCUCUCUCUCUCUCUCUCUCUGAUCCAUGGACCGUGCUCGGAGACUCGCCAACCGGUCACUUCUCAGACGAGUCUUGUCCGAGUCGAGCCACCUGCGCCCCAACUCGUCUUCGUCCCCUGUAUUUCCACCAUCUUUGCCAAGUUCUAGGUUCGUCUCCUCUCUCUCCCCUUCGCUUUCUGCAAUAAAAACUUCCGGGUCACCCUCAAUCCCGCGACAAAAUGCUUCCAACGCAAUGCGUUUUCUUCAAACCAGAUCGGUGUCAAUUGAAUCAUUGAAGCCCAGUGACACAUUUGCCCGCCGCCAUAACUCUGCAACCCCAGAUGAGCAAACCCAAAUGGCCGGGGCAUGUGGGUACCCGAGUAUCGAUGCCCUCAUCGACGCAACGGUACCUGAAUCGAUCCGAAUCGGGUCGAUGAGGCUUCCCAGGUUCGAUGAAGGACUCACAGAGAGCCAAAUGAUCGAACACUUGACAGGUUUAGCUUCUAAAAAUAGGGUUUUCAAGUCGUUUAUAGGAAUGGGGUAUUACAACACAUUUGUUCCUCCUGUGAUCUUGAGGAACAUCAUGGAAAACCCAGGUUGGUACACCCAAUACACACCCUACCAAGCAGAGAUUUCUCAGGGUAGGCUUGAGUCUCUGCUCAAUUUCCAAACCAUGGUUUCGGAUCUUACCGGGUUGCCCAUGUCGAAUGCCUCAUUGCUCGACGAGGGAACUGCAGCUGCCGAGGCUAUGGCGAUGUGUAAUAACAUCCAGAAGGGUAAGAAGAAGAGGACAUUUAUUGUUGCAAGCAAUUGUCAUCCUCAGACCAUUGAUGUUUGUAAAACUAGAGCUGAUGGAUUUGAUCUUAAGGUCUUAACUAUGGAUAUUAAGGAUUUUGAUUAUUCAUCCGGCGAUGUUUGUGGGGUUCUUGUUCAGUAUCCGGGGACUGAGGGUGAGGUCUUGGACUAUGGAGAGUUCGUAAAGAAUGCUCAUGCUAAUGGGGUUAAAGUUGUUAUGGCGUCGGAUCUUUUAGCUUUGACAAUUUUGAAGCCUCCAGGUGAAUUUGGGGCAGAUAUUGUUGUUGGUUCGGCUCAGAGGUUUGGUGUGCCUAUGGGGUAUGGGGGUCCUCAUGCUGCAUUCCUGGCUACUUCUCAGGAGUAUAAAAGAAUGAUGCCAGGAAGAAUCAUUGGUGUAAGUGUCGAUUCAACGGGAAAGCCUGCUUUGCGAAUGGCAAUGCAGACUAGGGAGCAACAUAUCCGGAGGGACAAGGCGACCAGCAAUAUUUGCACUGCUCAGGCUUUGCUUGCAAACAUGGCUGCUAUGUAUGCUGUUUAUCAUGGGCCCAAAGGCCUGAAGACCAUUGCAGAGAGAGUACAUGGUCUUGCAGCAACUUUUGCUCAUGGCCUAAAGAAACUUGGGACUGUAGAUGUUCAGGGGAUUCCUUUCUUUGAUACCGUAAGAAUCAAAUGUCCCGAUUCAAAGGGGAUUGCUGAUGCUGCUCAAAAUAAUGAGAUGAACUUGCGGAUUGUGGAUUCAAACACUAUUACUAUUUCUUUUGAUGAGGCGACAACAUUGGAGGAUGUUGACAAGCUUUUUGAAGUGUUUGCUUGUGGCAAGCCUGUAACAUUUAAUGCUGCAUCUCUUGCACUGGAGGUUCACAAUGUCAUCCCUCAUCAGCUUGUGAGAGAGAGUCCAUAUUUAACCCAUCCAAUAUUUAACAUGUACCACACAGAGCAUGAGCUACUAAGAUAUGUUCACAGGUUACAAUCUAAGGAUCUCUCCCUAUGCCACAGUAUGAUUCCUUUAGGAUCUUGUACAAUGAAGUUGAAUGCAACGACAGAAAUGAUGCCUGUGACUUGGCCUAGCUUUGCAAACAUUCAUCCUUUUGCCCCCAUUGAACAAGCCCAGGGAUACCAGGAAAUGUUCAAUGAUUUGGGUGAACUCUUGUGUACCAUCACUGGAUUCGACUCUUUUUCUCUGCAACCUAAUGCCGGUGCAGCUGGGGAAUAUGCAGGGUUGAUGGUUAUUCGUGCUUACCACAUGGCCAGAGGAGAUCAUCAUCGCAAUGUCUGUAUAAUACCUGCCUCAGCACAUGGGACCAAUCCUGCAAGUGCUGCUAUGUGUGGAAUGAAAAUUGUUGCUGUUGGAACUGAUGCCAAAGGGAACAUCAACAUGGAGGAGUUAAGGAGGGCUGCUGAGGCAAAUAGAGACAACCUAUCUGCUCUCAUGGUCACAUAUCCUUCAACUCAUGGUGUCUAUGAAGAAGGCAUUACUGAGAUGUGCAAGAUCAUUCAUGAUAAUGGGGGUCAAGUUUACAUGGAUGGGGCUAACAUGAAUGCACAGGUUGGAUUGACAAGCCCAGGUCGAAUAGGAGCUGAUGUUUGCCAUCUCAAUCUACACAAAACAUUUUGUAUUCCUCACGGUGGAGGUGGUCCUGGCAUGGGUCCCAUUGGAGUGAAAAAACACUUGGCACCAUUUCUACCAUCUCAUCCUGUGGUACCUACAGGUGGCAUACCAUCUCCCGAGAAGGCUCAACCACUUGGUACCAUUUCUGCCGCACCCUGGGGCUCUGCACUUAUUCUGCCCAUUUCCUAUACAUACAUUGCCAUGAUGGGGUCUGAGGGACUCACCAGAGCCUCGAAGUUGGCCAUCUUAAAUGCAAACUACAUGGCAAAGCGCUUGGAGAAUCACUAUCCAAUUCUCUUUCGUGGCCUAAAUGGCACUGUAGCCCAUGAAUUCAUUAUUGACCUGAGGGGCUUCAAGAAUACUGCUGGGAUAGAGCCUGAAGAUGUUGCCAAACGUCUUAUAGAUUACGGGUUUCAUGGACCAACAAUGUCGUGGCCUGUUCCUGGCACACUCAUGGUUGAACCUACUGAAAGUGAAAGCAAGGCAGAGUUAGACAGGUUUUGUGACGCACUGAUCUCCAUUAGAGAAGAAAUUAAUCGAAUUGAGAGUGGGAAGGCUGAUAAGCAUGAUAAUGUUCUUAAGGGUGCUCCACAUCCACUAUCACUGCUCAUGAGUGAUACGUGGACAAAACCAUACUCACGCGAAUAUGCAGCCUUUCCUGCUUCCUGGCUCCGAACUUCAAAAUUUUGGCCGACAGCUGGGCGAGUGGACAAUGUGUAUGGCGAUCGAAACCUCAUAUGCACCCUGCUUCCUGCAUCAGAGCUUGUUGACGAACCAGCCAUGGCUUCCGUAUAGCAUUAUUGGGUUUAUAUAUUCAUAUUCAUAUUUUACUAAUAAACAGGAAAUAUCUCUGCUUGCUCUUUCAAUUGUAUAUAAACAUCCCCAAUGCUUCGGCAUCUAUUGUUCUUCUUUUUCGGGUGAGGGGAAGGGGGUGUUAAAAUUGUAUCCUUCAUUUGAUCGCAUACCUCUGUAUAAUUUAUCCUUCACACAAAUAAAACAGCAAUCACAAUUACUUGCGCAAA